AUGCACUCGAAGAUGCCUUCUGCAGUCCUGUUCUCCACGCUCUUCGGCGUCCUGGUCGGCUGCUCCCCUGUCACUCUCGAUGCUGUCAGGAUGGAUGCUCCUGUCAGUCUCAAUGACAGGUCUUUGAGAAAGCGCACGUCUGUGACAGGUCUCACUUGCGGGAAUUGGGCAACCGCAGACAUCGCGUACACCAACAAGAACAUCGAGAAUCUUGGCCAAAAGGAUGACCCCGUCUCCAUUCCAGCCAAUUCCUGCGGCCGUGUUGGGUGUUACAACUCCUCGGGGGUGUACAUCUGCAACGACCAGGACGUCGACAUUGAGAUUCAAAUGGGUGAGGUGGUUGAGGUCUUGACACAACUGUCUGAAACGUGCUACGUGGGCCACAGUCCAUAUGGGAUCUCAGGGCAGAUUUUCAUGGACAGCCUGGGCGGCUACAACUUGAACAUCGGUUACUGCGACAACAAUGACCCUAAUUUAACCGGUCCCGGCGCGUACACUCAAGCAAUAGACAACAACGGAGAUCCGAGCUCCAAAGCAACUGAACUCAGCUGA